UCGGCGAGAUUCAGAGGGGAGGGUCGCAGCGAACGUCGCGCGUACACCGUGAACACCGGCGUGAUCAGGAGAGACUGAGAGACCGUGUCGUGAGGAGAGAGGAAGUGGUGCGUUUCAGAGGACAGACAGGAGUAGCCGGGAUACCCCGGCGGGGCGAUGUGGCUGUGACGGCUGUGACGUCACGCUCCAAGAUGACGUCACCGCUGGCCCGUGUGGCACUGCUGCUGCUGUGGGCAGCGGCGGCGGCGGCGGAGGGGGCGGCGGGCCCGUCUCGGCCCCUGGUGGCUCAGCUCGACCUAGGAGAGGAGACGCGCCGUCUCACACACCUGGUGGUGGACGACGGCCGGCUGUUCGUGGCCGGCGUGAACCGACUGCUGGAGCUCGGCCCCGACCUGCAGGUGGUCUCCCGGGUCAUCACCGGUCCGGUGCAGGACGCGCCCGUCUGCCCGGCCUCCGGCUGCCCACCUGAGGUGGCCGCUGAGCCCACAGACAACGUCAACAAACUGCUGCUGGUGGCCGGCGAGCGGCUGCUCAGCUGCGGCUCGGUCCGCCAGGGCGCCUGUCGGUUCCACGACCUGAACAACAUCUCACGCUCGGACUUUGUCGACGUGGAGGUGGCGGCCAACGACGAGACUUCGUCGACGGUGGGCUUCCUGGGCCCGCAGAGGUACCAGCGAUGGGAGCCGCCCCAGGUGCUCUACGUAGGAGCCACCUUCACCGAUGUGGGCCCGUACCGACACGACGUGCCAGCCAUCGCCACGCGCCGGCUCGACGACCUGCAGUACGCAGAGUUCUCCUUCUCGCAGCAGUCGCUGAUGCGCAUCGAUGUGAAGUAUCGUGAUCAUUUUCUUGUGCAGUAUAUGGACGGCUUCAGUGCCGGUGAUUUUGUGUACUUUGUGACGGUGCAAAAGAAGUCGCACCUGCCCGGUCAGGACGAGGUGGGCUACGUGUCGCGGAUAGCGCGCGCCUGUGUGACGGACCCAAACUAUAACAGCUACACAGAGAUAACGGUUUCGUGCGGCGCGUAUAACCUGGUGCGAUCGGCGCAUCUGACUUCUGCCGGCGCCGACCUGGCCACGGCGGCCGGCGUGCGGACGGGCGACCCGGUGCUGGUGGCCGUGUUCUCUCCCAGCGACGGCAACACGAUGGUGUACCAGAACCGGUCGGCCGUGUGCGUGUUCCCUCUCGCCGAAGUGGACUACAAGUUCAACGAAAACAUCCACAUGUGCUUCAACGGCACAAUGCAGUACCGCAACAUGGACUACAUAUCGGGGAAGAUUCUGGACGGCCAGUGUCCCGAGGCCAGGGGCUCCGGUCGCAACAUCCCGGAUUUCUGCGAGGUCGGUCUGAAGAUCUCUGGUGUGUCUCCGCUGGAGGGAAGUCCGGCCUUGGAGCUGCCGAACAUGGGCGUCACCGGCCUGACCGUCACCACCACCUCGGCACACACGGUCGCCUUCCUCGGCACCAACAGCGGCAACCUCAUCAAGGCGCUGAUCGUGUCACCCGAGGUGGCCCGUCGCUACGAGACGCUCUCCGUGGACCCGGGCAGCGCCAUCGCCUCCGACCUCCAGGUCACCGCAGGAGGAGAGUUCGUCUACGUCCUCUCCACUCAGAAGGUGUCGAAGGUGCGCGUGCAGACGUGUGAGAAGUACACCAACUGCUCGUCGUGCCUGGGCUCCGGAGACCCCUACUGCGGCUGGUGCUCGCUCGAGAAAAGAUGUACGAUCCGCUCGGAGUGUCAGAAGGCACAGCAGAGCUCGCCUCGAUGGCUGACGUUCGGAGCCGGCCAGCAGUGUAUCGACUUCGAGCAGGUGCUGCCGGACAGGAUCCCCGUCGAUCAGACCGUCACGGUUGAGCUGACCAUCAGAACGCUGCCGGCGCUGCCUCCCGGCGCAAAGUACCAGUGCAUCUUCGGGGGCACGCCACCCACGGACGCGCGGGUCACCGCCACCGGCCUGUCGUGUCAGACGCCGCCGCCCGAGCUGCGGCCCGCCGUGCCGCCCGGAGCCGACCACGUGGCCGUGCCGCUCUCCGUGCGCUCCUCAGAGACCAACAAGGACUUUGUGUCGCGCGAGUUCUCCUACUACGACUGCGGCCGGCACGCCACGUGCGCCGACUGCGCCAGCUCGGCCUGGGCGUGCAACUGGUGUGUGUACGACAACAUUUGCACGCACAACGCCACCUCCUGCCGUCGGACGGUCGUCUCCGGUGAAAACGUAAGCGUCAUGCGACUUCUCGCAGAGAACCCGGCUCGUCUCAUCACACACGGCGCCGCCUUCUGCCCGCGUUUCAAGCCCAAGUCGACGCCGACCCUGCUGCCGAACGGCCAGCGAAGUCAGGUCGUUCUCGAGGCGGAGAACCUGCCGCGACCAGAGCCUGGACAUGCCGCCUUCCACUGCAUCGUCGACAUCGAGGGCGCCAAGAUGCGCGUGCCGGCUCGCGUCGAGAGCGGCCAGUUCGUUGUCUGCGAGAAGACGACCUACUCCUACCAGGCCGAUGAACGGGAGAUCUCUGCCAAACUGACAGUCGUCUGGGACGGCGAUCAUCUUGUGGACGCCACCAACAUCACGCUCUACAAGUGCGGCGUGCUGGGCAGCCACCGCGGCCACGCCGACUGCUCGCUGUGCGUCACCCGCGACGCGCGCUACAAGUGCGCCUGGUGUGACGGCACGUGCUCGCACAGCGCUGACUGUCGUCAGAGGCCAAUGCUCGAGUGUCCCAAGCCGCGCAUCGACCUGAUCUACCCGCUGAGCGGACCCGUCGAGGGCGGCACCCUGCUCACCAUCGAGGGAUCCAACCUGGGUCGCAGCGCCGAGGACGUGCGAGACAGGAUCCGCGUGGGCGGCGUGCCGUGCACCCUGGUCGAGUACCAAGUGUCGGUGCGCAUCGUCUGCCGCACCGGCGCCGCGCCGCACCCCAUGAACGUCGCCGUCGCUGUCGGCAACGACGCCGGCUUCGACGAGUCGGCCGUCAAGUACAGCUACCACGACAUCCAGCUGUUCGACGUGCACCCGCGCAUCGGCCCGGAGAGUGGCGGUACGCGCCUCACCCUCUCCGGCGGCCACCUGACGGUCGGGUCGCGAGUGCGCGUCUGGCUGGACCACCUCCCGUGCGCGGUCACCCAGGGGCCGGGCCAGCUGAGCUGCGUGACCGCACCUUCGGACGGCACGCGCUCCGUGCGCACACUGACCCUGCAGAUUGACGCCGCCAACCGGACGCUAGUCGGAAACCCGUUCAACUACACCAGUGACCCGGGGGUGCAGGAGAUAAAACCGCUGCGAUCGCCCGAGUCUGGGGGACGCCUCAUCAUGGUGCACGGAACGAACCUGGAUGCCAUCCAGAAGCCGCUCAUGACUGUCUUCCUAGACGACCAGGAGCAGCCUCUCAACGUCACGGUCUGCCGCGUGCUCAGCAACACCCAGAUGCAGUGCCCGUCGCCUCCCGUUGACCCGCGCGCCGUGAGAGGUCUCGGGUGGCAGCGGCGCAGCCCCGACAAGCCUCCAUCCAAGUUCGCCCGCUCGCCACGGCCGCCCAACGACGACGUUCUCAGUCUCAACAUCGGCUUUGUCAUGGACGACGUCGCGAGUGUGCGCAACCUAAAGCAGCACCGCGCUCCGAUGAACAGCGUCCUGCUCUACGUCCAAGAUCCGGUAGUCAUGCCGUUUCCGGGCCGCGUCAAGCUCUACAAGGGCGACACUCUCGUCAUCGAGGGCCAGAACCUGAACCUGGCCGCUGACGAGAGUGACAUCCGGGUCCUCAUCGGCACCCACUCCUGCAACGUCACCUCCCUGGCGCUUAGCCAGCUAGUGUGCAGUCCCCCGGCCGUCCAGCCGCCGGGGACAGACGACCUGGGCCGGCAGACUCCCGAGGGCGUGCCCCUGGUGGUGGUCAGGGUCGGCGAAAACCUCCGCUUCCCGCUCGGCCUGCUGCGCUAUGAGAUGAUCAAGCCGUACACGUUCCCGCCGGAGGUGGUCGGAGGGAUCGCCGCCUCGGGCGUGUUCCUCGUGCUGCUGUCCGUCGUCAUACUGGUGGUGUACCGGCGCAAGUCGACACAGGCAGAGCGCGAGUACAAGAGGAUCCAGAUCCAGAUGGACACGCUCGAGAGCAAUGUGCGCAUGGAGUGUAAACAAGCGUUCGCCGAACUUCAGACGGACAUUACGGACCUCACGGCCGACCUCGAGUCGACCGGCAUCCCCAUCUUCGACCACCGCACGUUCGUCAUGAAGGUGUUCUUCCCGGGGGUGACCGACCACCCGAUCCUGGGCGACCCCAAGCUGCGACUGAACGGCACGCGCACCAACUUCGACACGGCCAUGCAGCAGUUCGAGCAGCUCAUCAACAACCGCUACUUCCUGCUUACCUUCAUCGAGGUUCUCGAGUCUCAGAAGUCCUUCAGCAUCCGUGACAAGGUCAACGUGGCCUCCCUGCUCAUGGUCAUCCUGAUGUCCCAGAUGGAGUACGCCACGGAGAUCCUUCGCCUCCUGCUGCUGAGGCUCAUCGACAAGUCCAUCAACUCCAAGUACCCGCAGCUUAUGCUGCGCCGCACUGAGAGCGUGGUAGAGAAGUUCCUCACCAACUGGAUGGCGCUCUGUCUGUACGACCACCUGCGCAGUGAGUCUGCCGCCAGUCUGUUCCUGCUGACGGCCGCCAUCAAACACCAGGUGGAGAAGGGGCCCGUGGACGCCCUGACGCACGACGCGCGCUACUCGCUGUCGGAGGAGCGCCUGCUGCGAGAGCAGAUCCCACACAGCAUUGUGACGAUACACCUCGUCCAAGAGGACCCACACUACGAAAAAAUACCCUACCAGACGUAUCAGACUCUGCAGAUCGCCUCUGAAGAGCUAAUGGAGGAGAAGAUCCAGUGUCGCGUGCUCGACUGCGACACCAUCAGCCAGGUCAAAUCCAAGAUCCUGGACGCCCUGUACAAGAACACGCCGCACUCGCUGCGGCCGUCCAUUCACGAGGUGGACCUCGAGUGGCGCCACGGUCGCGGCGGCCACCUCACCCUGGCCGAUGAGGAUCUCACGAGUAAAAUGGUGGACGGAUGGCGGCGCAUCAACACACUGGCGCAUUAUGGCGUCAAGGACUCAGCUGUGAUGUCUCUGGUGCCGCGUCAGGGCGCCGAGGUGUCGCCGACCGCCCGCAGUCCCUACACGAGUGUAUACUCGAUACCAACAUCGCUGUCGCCCUCCCAGAACGGCACCAUUCGAAAGGUGAACGCCUUCCACCUGGUGAAGCCGGCCUGCGAGUACGCUAGCCAGCGCAGCGAGCGGUCGCACAAGGCCAUCCCGGAGAUUUUCCUCACCCGACUGCUCUCCACCAAAGGGACCAUCCAGAAGUUCGUCGACGAUCUCCUAGCGACGAUUCUAAACGCAGGCGAGACGCUGCCACCGGCCAUCAAAUGGCUGUUCGAUCUGUUUGACGAGGCCGCGCGCAUACACGCCGUGCCCAACACCGAUGAGGUGGUGUAUGCGUGGAAGUCGAAUUCGCUGCCGCUGCGAUUCUGGGUCAACUUCAUCAAGAACCCCGACUUCCUGUUUGACAUCGACAAGUCGGUGACGGUCGACUCGAGUCUGACGGUGAUCGCGCAGACCUUCAUGGACGCGUGUUCGACGUCCGAGCACCGGCUCGGCAAGGACUCACCGUCCAACAAGCUUCUCUUCGCCAAGGACCUGCCGCACUACCGGUCUCAGGUCGAGAGGUUCUACCGCGACAUCAACGACCUGCCGACGGUGACCGACCAGGAGCUCAACUCACACAUGCAGAGGCUCUCUAUGGUACACGGCGGGCAGUUCGACGUCAUCGCCGCGCUCAAGGAGCUCUACAUCUACGUCACCAAGUACCGGGAUGAUGUGAUGAAGGCGCUGGACUCUGACGAGCACUGUCGCCGCCUCCAUCUGCCGCAUAAACUGGAGAACGUUCAGAGUACGAUGGAGGGCGAGGAGACGUCCAUGUGCUAGCCCGGGCUGUGAGCGGUGGGGUGCGGUCACAGGCGGCCCUCUCCGUGAUGGGGAUGGCCGGACCGUCUCUGUACCGGCGGCCGGUCCCGGGCGGCAGCCGCCCCUCAGUCCAGUGUCUGAUUUAGUCCAGUGUCCGACCGGGACACGCGUGUUCUGUCCUCGCGGCGUCUCUCGUAGUGCCUGUGUGCCGGUAGACGAGCACACUGGCACCGCCUGGGGCCAUUCCAGUUGCAGAAAUCGCCAAAAUGAACGUGUACAGAUUUUAUAAGCUGUGAUAUAUUUGAUUGCCGGACGCUACGGCGUCUCGGCUGUGUGUCUGUGUGUGAGCAGCAAGUGUUCCUCUGUCGUCCGUGUCUUGUGUCUCUUGCCAACUGCAAUGCCAAAUACGCAGAGCGGCGUGUCUCGCAGGGCGCAGAGAGGGCGUGCUAGACUGCUAGUGAUAUAUCCGCUCCGGGACGCCGCGCUGACUGUGGUGAGAGCCCGCCGGGCGGUGGCGCGCGCCGUCCGUAGAGGCGAUUGUGACGCGCUGUUGACGUUCUCAGCUGUGUGGGCACGGCCGAGUGUGGCGGCCGCUGGCGCAACUAGUCCUUAUCCUGUGUGUUGGCGCCCAUCACUCGUGUACUUAAGUCUAGGCAUUUUAUAUUUUGUAAGCCGUGCAGGACUGAUAGGUUGGUUAUAUGCUGCAAUGUUUUCUCGUACUGUGCAUUGAUUUUGUACAAAAUGAUAUUUAUAAAAUGUAAAUAAACUUGAUGCGUAACA